AUGAGUGGACGCGCCACCGCCCCCACCACCAUCCGCCUGCCCGGACCUCCACCAUGGCCCAUUAGGCUCAGGGCAGGAAAGGAUCCCCAGCUGGAGGGGGCGACACCCCGUCGCCCCACCAGCACCCAGCCUGCGAUCCACACCGGAGCCUCAGGAGAAUGCCCGGGAUUUGACCUCACAGAAAAGUUUCUUCUCCGAAAGGGGACAGUGACGGAAGACUUGCCUUCAUUUCGCCUGGGAAGCAGCCCACUUAUCAAGCCAACAAAACAUGUAUUCCCAGAUGGAUUACCAAGUGAAUAUUCCCUUGUCACCAUUUUUCGUGUGAGAAGAACUACAAAAAGAGACCGAUGGUAUCUUUGGCAGAUAUUUGACCAGGCCGGGGACACUCAGGUGUCAGUUGUGGUUGAUGGCAGCAAGAAGGCAGUGGAAUUCUCCUCACAGAGCCUGACGAAGAAUGUUCUCCGCUACACAUUUAAGAGUCGUGACCUACACGCCCUCUUUGAUCGCCAGUGGCACAAGCUGAGCUUUUCCGUACAGAGCAACAUUGUUUCUGUAUACAUGGACUGCAAGCUAAUAGAAAGGAGGCUGACUGCCGAAAGGGACGGCAUCGACCCCAGUGGGCGUACACUCAUCACCACUCGAAUACAAGAUGGACGGCCUGUGGAUGUUGAACUCAAGCAAAUGAUCCUGUAUUGUGAUCCUUAUAUGGUCGAUAUGGAAACAUGCUGCGAGCUCCUGGAGCCACAGUGUGAAGCCAAGAAGACAUUCAAUGACACUCUGCCUCCCCCGGUGACAUCCCAGCUUCCACAAAUGCUGUCUCAGCCCCUCUCACAGCCAGUUGACAGAUGUCACUGCCCAGCUGAAAAGACACACAAGCUCCCAGAGCACACUGAGGACCUCUGUGAGCAGCAUCAGAUACGUGCGGUGUGGCCACACAACAGUAUCACGCCUGUUCAAAACUUUGGAUCAUAG